GGUUUCAAUACAUUCUUCCCGCUAUAUCUCUUGAAUCGAAUUCUCUCAUUAUCUGUUUUAUACCCUAAUUUGUCUCAUUCAUUAUGCUGUCACGCAUCAUCCCUGCUUACAGUCACUAAAAUAUAAGGGGGCUGUUGACUGGUACGACUGCAUAAUCAGGUAAUGACUCGGUUCAACAGAUUAGUUUGAAAUCAUCAGUACUUCUAUUUGAGAGUGACCACUUUGUCAGUGUGUGUAAGUAAGAGGUAAGCAGAAGGAUGGAGGUACAAAUAUGCAUUGUGUGCUGAGUGUGCUAUGUUUCGUGAUGUUAACUUCUGGCGCGGCCGCCAGCGGCGGUAGCCAGGUGGUGUUUACCUCAACAUGGCGGAGUAUGGGGAGGGGGCGGAGGGGAGGCGGAAAUGGUUCAUCCCUUACGAGAAGAAAGUGUUGACAGCUUUGAUCGAGCAGCACAAAGAUAUAGUAGAAUGCAAGAAAAGAGACGGUGCAUCCAAUAGAGAGAAAGAGAAGGUGUGGGAGGUGAUAGCGGCCCAGUUUUCGGCUCAUCCCUCCACCCAGGCCAGGACAAGCCGGGAGUUGAGGCGCUGCUGGGAGAAUAUGAAGGCCAGGGCCAAGAAGGCUCUCGAGAGUGACCGAACUACACGGGAGGGAUCUGAGGAUGGACGCUCGGUGCCUUCAAGUAUCACUCCAGAGGCAGAAGCAGUUCUUAGUGUUAUCAACCCAUAUGAUGAAGUUAAGAAUGGAGUGAAUUCACAGGAUAUGGUUCCAGAUUGUCUGAUACCAGAAACCUCCACCAGUUCACAUCUUAGAAUGGAGAGUUACCAAACUGGCCAGUCAUCUGCAUCAGAAACUUCUCAGAGUCAUGAACAAACAUCAUACUAUGAAAAGUCCGCAUCAGAUUUAACACCAAAUAUUGGGCCAUCUAAAAGAACUAGAAAACAAAAGAUGGAUCAGCUAUGUGAUGAAGACAUACUGCUAGCACAGCUGCAGAUGCAGCAAGCUCAGCUUUCAAUAGAAAAUUUACGAUUAGAAAGGAAAUGUUUGCAAGAGAGGUGUCAGCAACAGAGAGAAGCCCAUGAGUGGCAGCGUGCACAGCAUGAGGCCAACCUGAACUUGGCCAUGUUACAGAUCAAAUUUUGGGAAAAGAAAACAGGAUAUGGAGACAUGGAAACUUAAAUGUGGUAUUUGAUCCACACCAACCAUGCAUAAGAGGCAGUAUAUAUAUAUAUAUAUAUAUAUAUAUAUAUAUAUAUAUAUAUAUAUAUAUAUAUAUAUAUAUAUUGUGGGAUUGUAAAAGUGGCCCUGUGAGUGUCAACACUAUUGAAUGUACCUGAAACUAUUGAAACUAGUAUCUUAUUCAUUACUAUGAUUAUACGUUAUUAACAAUGGACAUUUAGGUACUUAGAUAUUAGGCUGUUAGCAGCUUAGAUUAAAUUAUUUAUUUAUUUAUUUUAUUUUUAUUUUUUAUUUUAUUUUAUUAUUGUUAUUAUUGUUAUUAUUAUUAUUAUUAUUAUUAUUAUUACUAUUUUUUUUUUUUUUUUUUUACAUUUGUUAGCAGCAUGGAUGUAAUCUGUGUAAAAUUAUUUUGAUGAAUUAAUAUAAAUGUGUGAUUCUUGAAUGGCAUUGGGAUUAAUCAGUUACAUAUACUCAUCAGUUAUACUUUCUGUGCCCUAAUAGUCCAAUGACCUGGCACUGACAGAAGAGUCCUCCUCUUACUUCUAUCCAUACAUUUUUUUUUUUUCCCCUUGCAUAUUCCAGCCCUCUCAUUCAGCCAUUUUACUUCACCUUAAGUAUUCUAGUGAUAGUAUAAUCACAAGAUAAGAUAAUAACUUAAGGAUUUCAAUAUCUGUUUUUGCUAAUAUAGUCAGCAUCAAUUGAUGUGUCAUUGCUGACUGUGCUUGGCCUAAGCACUAGACUUAUGAUAUAUCACCUUCCACUGGCCCCCCCAAAAAAACACCCCUCAGGGACAGCAAGGUCAAGAUGAUACCUGACUGCCCACCAAACACCCCUGACAUAUCACCCAUUGAGAAUCUGUGGUCUAUCCUCAAAGUGAAAAUAAGAGAAGACACCACCACACUGGAAAAAUUAGAGGCUGCAUUUUGUUGAGUGUGGAGUUCCAAAAACUUCACUGCCUGAUUGCCCAGCAGAAGUGCAAAAAUGCAAAGGUCUACCCAUGAACAAAUAGAACAAAGUUUCAGCUAUAAUGUUUCAUUCUUUCUAUUUGUUUGUUAUUAGUAAUAGGAAUCAUGUUCUGUGUGUUGUUUUUGUUGAUGAUACAUUAGUUGACACUGACUAUGUAAUGCUAAUACUGCCAUAUCUUUCACAUGGUCAAUACUAAAUUUGAGCUUACUUCUAAUGUACAUGAAAUAAACAUAUGUAUGGAUAAAAGUUAAGGCAUGAUAUAGUUUUAAUGAAUUUAAAAAUCUGUCAGUAUUGUCUUAUGAAUGAAAUAUCUGACCAGCAAAACAUUAAUUUUAUACAGUUUAAUAAUGUAUCAUUCUGAAAAUUUGUGUGAUGUAUGUAUUGAAAAAUGUCUGUGGAAACCCUUGAAACACUCAGCUUUAAGCAGCAAAAUUGCUGAAAAUGCACAAUAAUUGGUGUGUGUAUCUCACACAUUCUUUGAAAGAAGUAUAUAUCACACAGUUUCUUGGAUAAGUGUGUGUGUUUAUUUUAUCUUAUUUUAUUUAUUUAUAUUUAUUUAUUAAUUAAUUUAUUUAAUUUUAUUAUUAUUAUUAUUAUUUUAUUUUAUUUUAUUUUAUUUUAUUAUUAUUAUUAUUAUUUUUUUUUUUACCCUAUUUUGGUAACAAACAGCAGUUCCACAUACAUUAGUGUUUCACUGAGGUGAUUUAUUUAACACAUUGAUGUUGAUUACAGAGACCUCUAAUAAUUCUUUGAUGCUGUGUUUCCAAAAUUAUUGUACCGUUUACUGAUAAAGCAAGGCUUCUGUAAAACUAAUAUUGUACGUAACUAUGUAUACUCCUGUACAAUGGUAUAAUUCUAUAUCAAAUAAUCAGAUGGUGCUUUGGCUAUAUGUAGAUUUCCACUUCUUAGAAGUGGUUACUGAUUUUUCAAUUAUAUUUUUGAGAGCUUAUAUAUGGUAAGUUAAUAUAAUUUUGUUCAGGUCCAGCCAUUACUGCAAGACUAUGAUUAUGAUGGUACUUCCCUCUCAUGGACUCUGCAGCUUCUAUUCUUGUUGAGCAGUAGAACCUUUUAUUUUUUUGUCAUUUUUAAUGCAGUUCUGAUAUAACAGAAUUAUGAUGUUAUAAUAAUGGCUAAAUGUCCUUGGCUCAUGGCUGAGAGGUCCCAGAUUUGGAUCCCAGAUUGAGCAAAUAAUAUUUAUGGGGUUUGUCUUCUUUAAGACUGUUCACCUAGGAGUGAAUAGGGACAUAAUUAGAGGAGUUUUGAUUUGGGUUUCUAGCAAGAGUAAGAGCACUUCUGCAAGUGUAUGUUUGAAACUAUUUCAAAACAAAUUUUAACAACAAAAUAUUUAUAUGAAAUGUGUGCCAAAGCUAUAGUUACCAAAGGAAGGAAAGCCAAGGUGAACAUGUAGUCAGCAGGACAGAGUGGAAGGAAGUGGCCUUGCAAUAAUGAUUGGCAGUACUGUCUUAAAUAUAUUUUAUGUUAUUAUUUUACUACAAAGUACAGUAUUAUUUUUUUAUGUUUAGAAUUGUGUAUUGUCAUGAAAACUUGCUGUUGCUUACCUCAGAAUGUUUGGUGCUCACAGGUUUGGUUAAUUGUUAAUUACAUACAUGUUGUAUACACUUAGGCAUGUGUGUGUGUGUGUGUGUGUGUGUGUGUGUGUGUGUGUGUGUGUGUGUGUGUGUGUGUGUGUGUGUGUGUGUGUGUGUGUGUGUGUGUGUGUGUGUGUAUAUACACAUCAGUAGCUGUGUAUAGUCAAUUAUGUAACUGUUUAUAGAUCUUGUACUUGAUGGUGAGUCAUAUUGAAUAAUGUGCAUAUGAGUUAUUCCUAUAGGGAAAAUGAAUUACAGUGUUAUGGGUGAAAUGAUAGAUAACCUGAACUUAUUUUUGCAAGCUUGUAAAACUUUUUAGAAGGUACAAACCAGUACAUUCACAAUUAUUGUGUACAAACUACAUACAAAGCCUCAUGGUCUUUGUGUGUCCAGAAAGAUAAGCAUUCUUGUUUUGAGAAGUGAAUAAGUUAGAAAAGUUAAAUUGUUAUUGUGAAUUAAGCAAUACCAGUAGUUUAGGUAUGCAUAUUAUGCUGCUCGCAGGAUUCCAUAUGGCCUCAGCAACUUUCUGUUGAAUCUCUUAUCAUGUGUAAUAGUUACAGAUCUACAGUUUAGGCAUCCAUCACUCAAAUUUUUUAACAAAAUAGUUAUAAAUUUGGUAUAAGACUUACUAAUUACAGUUUUCCAAAAUUGUUUUAGUAAAUUGGAUUUUUUUAUUUCACAAGAAUAAAAUUCAUUAUAAAACAAUUGAAGUGUUACAUAUUUAAUAAAUUCAGUGUUGAAUUUCAUGGUAUACACAUAAUUUUACACAUGUAUGCACACUCCUUUUAUUUAGAUUCACACAUCAAAGAAAAAGUGUGUGUGUGUGUGUGUGUGUGUGUGUGUGUGUGUGUGUGUGUGUGUGUGUGUGUGUGUGUGUGUGUGUGUGUGUGUGUGUGUGUGUGUGUGUGUUCAGACAAAGCACAAGGUUAAUCUCUUAGCUUCCUGUCACUGCCUGAUUGUUUAUAAUUAGUUUGUAAGUGAAGAAUACAAUUGCUUAAGUAAGGAGAAAUCUCAUGUUGGCGACCUUUGAGGCAUUGUAGUGUGUUGAUACAUAUGGGUGACCACUGCACCCAACUGGCACUCCAGACUAGGGUGGUGCAUUGUUGCUUAGUGUGCCCAUGCUUGUUGCAUUCAGUGUUGGUGGCAUUGCAAUGCAGUCUGGCAUUGAAUUCAAGACCUGUUUAAGUUGGCAUCUCAAGACUGUAUCUGAAGACUGCUUUUGUUCAUUCUUUUGGUGAUAUUUGUGUCAGAGUUCAUUCUUCUAGUGAUAACUGUGCUCAUGGUGACUUGUAUUCCUUUUGCUGUGAUGUUGGUGUGGCAUCGAGUAGUGUAUUGGCUAGGGAUGGAAGAUCUUGCUUCUAAAAUACUAUAAUGUCAGUUGAUGUGAAAAAUUGUUUAUCACUGAUUUCUGGAAAGGAAUAAUUCAACCAGAAACUAUAGGUGAGGGAAAUGGCAUGAGAGAGAUGGUGAUAUUAAUUUCAGAGUCACAGUUCUGGAUUGAAGAUAGGUAACAGUGUAGAUUCCAAACUGCAAGCAGCAGUUAUAUCAUUGGCAUUGAUCAAAAUAGCUUUACCAGUGGAGUUGAAAAAUAAUGUUUAAUAUUGGUGAACAUGGAUAAAAGUGAAGAUUUUUGGAAUGCUGUUUAGGAGGAUUCUAACUCUGUACUGUAUUUUGAUUCUUGGAAUGGUAUGUGAUCUUACUUGUUUUGUCUGAAGGUAAUGAAGCAUAAUUCACACAAGAUAGAUGUCUUAGUUUUUUAAUGAUGAUCAUUUUUAUGUAAUACAACAUGAUAUACUGAAUAAUCAUGUGCUGUACUGUAGGACUGAUUGUUUCUUAGGCAGGAUUGAAAUCAUUUCCACGUAUGGUACAGUAUCUUUAAAAUGGUGUUAGUCUUUUUUUACUUGGUGUAUAUUUUUAUUAAGUAAAAAGCUAUUUUAUUAUAUAUUUCUACACAAGUAGUAAUGCAAGAUGGCAUUCUCACUAUGCAAAUUUGUUGUUAGCUUUAUUGUUGGUGUAUACUUGCAGCUGAAUUUUUUACAAAUUGAUUGUUUCUCAUUUGCUAUAGAUGUAGGAAAAUAUUGGUCUGAAACAUUUCAGUUGUAUUUUUGUCUGUGAUAGAUAUUUUCCUUAGUAAAAUGUUUAACAUA